CUUUUUAUUAAUUCAGGGGGCUAAAUAAUAGAAGAGACAAUUUCUUUCUUUCUUUUCUUUAAUGAAGUAAAUAAAUCACUAUACUAAAGGGUUCUAUAUUCUAUCUGUUUCCCCCUAUUUUGGCUACGUUUCUUUUUGGCCCGAACCUAACAAUCCAUCCCUUCUAUCGCAGAAAACCUUGGAUCUGGCUCAGGGUUUUGUAUGCCUGAUUAAAUAAUUUGAAGAUGAGUCCAUUUUCAAUCACGCGUAAGAAAACGCCUUUCCAGAAGCACAGAGAAGAGGAAGAAGCCAAGAAGAAGAGGGCAGAGGACGAAACUGCUCGAUUAUACGAGGAGUUUGUGGCAUCGUUUCAAGGAGAUAAUACCCCUGGAUCGAAGGCAUUUGUUCGAGGUGGAACAAUCAAUCCCAACGAGAGGUUGAAAUCCGAUUCUGAAGGUGAAAAGUCCAAAGAUGGGAUGUCUGUUCCAAAGAAGGGAAGUAGGUAUGUUCCAUCUUUCAUACCACCUCCUUUGGCAGCCAAGGAAAAGGAAUCUGAGAAGAAGGAGGAGGAGAGGAUGAAGGAGAAAGAGAAGGGAAAGUCUCGAAAUAUUGACCAUUUUAUGGAGGAGCUGAAGCAUGAACAAGAGAUGAGGGAAAGGAGAAAUCUGGAACGUGAACAAUGGCGUGAUGGGCGUCAUAGUGAUAGUUCAGCUCCAUCUAGUCGCUUUGAUGAACUGCCUGAUGAUUUUGAUCCUAGUGGAAAAUUGCCCGGAUCACUUGAUGAUGCUGAUCCUCAAACGACAAAUCUCUAUGUUGGAAAUCUCUCACCAAAAGUUGAUGAAAAUUUUCUUCUGCGGACUUUUGGAAGAUUUGGACCUAUUGCUAGUGUGAAAAUUAUGUGGCCUAGGACAGAGGAGGAGCGAAGAAGGCAAAGAAAUUGUGGUUUUGUGGCUUUCAUGAAUAGAGCUGAGGGACAAGCUGCAAAAGAUGAAAUGCAAGGAGUUAUUGUAUAUGAAUAUGAAUUGAAAAUUGGGUGGGGUAAAUCUGUUGCUCUUCCAUCACAAGCAUUACCUGCUCCCCCACCUGGACAGAUGGCUAUCAGGAGUAAGGAGGGUAGUUCUAUAAUCUUAUCUGGUCCUUCAGGUCCACCAGUCACAUCUCUUCCAAAUCAGAAUUCUGAACUGGUUCUUACUCCAAAUAUUCCAGAUAUAAUGGUCACUGCACCUGAGGAUGGCCAGCUCCGCCAUGUGAUAGAUACAAUGGCUCUUUAUGUCCUUGAUGGAGGAUGUGACUUUGAACAAGCUAUUAUGGAGAGGGGUCGUGGCAAUCCUCUAUUCAACUUUUUAUUUGAGCUUGGCUCAAAGGAGCACACUUACUACGUCUGGAGGCUAUAUUCUUUUGCCCAGGGUGAUACUCUUCAAAGGUGGCGGACGGAGCCUUUUAUCAUGGUAACUGGGAGUGGAAGAUGGGUACCACCACCUUUGCCAGUGUCAAAAAGUCCAGAGCAUGAAAAGGACUCUUCUGCCACAUAUGCCGCAGGAAGAAGCAGGCGGGUGGACCCAGAAAGGCCACUUACUGAUCCACAAAGGGAUGAAUUUGAGGACAUGCUACGGGCAUUGACAUUGGAGAGGAGUCAAAUAAAGGAAGCCAUGGGCUUUGCUUUGGAUAAUGCUGAUGCUGCUGGAGAGGUAGUUGAAGUUUUGACAGAGUCUCUGACACUUAAAGAAACACCUAUUCCAACUAAAGUAGCAAGGCUUAUGCUUGUCUCUGACAUUCUUCAUAAUAGCAGUGCUCCUGUUAAAAAUGCAUCUGCAUACCGUACUAAAUUUGAAGCAACAUUACCUGAUAUAAUGGAGAGCUUUAAUGAUCUGUACCGCAGUGUAACAGGAAGGAUCACUGCUGAAGCCCUAAAGGUAGGUAUAAUUUUAACCUUUUAUCCAGCUUUCAAGUUGCUUUCUAUUUUGUUUGUUUUUCCAAGUGCUGCUAACUGGCUUGUGGCUUUGUGCAUGUUUAUCAUCUUUGUUCUUGGGUUUGAAGGUGGUCUUUUCUCAUUUAUGCAGGAAAGGGUUCUGAAAGUGUUGCAAGUAUGGUCAGAUUGGUUUCUUUUCUCAGAUGCAUACGUGAAUGGACUACGAGCCACUUUUCUUCGAUCAGGAAACUCUGGAGUGGCCCCAUUCCAUUCUAUUUGUGGUGAUGCACCAGAAAUUGAAAAGAAGACUAGCUCAGAAGAUGCAGUUGAUGGGAUUAAAGCUAAUCAAGAUACUGCGUUGGCCAUGGGCAAAAGUGCAGCUAUGAAGGAGUUAAUGGAUCUCCCACUUGCCGAGUUGGAAAGGCGCUGUAGGCAUAAUGGAUUAUCUCUUGUUGGUGGUAGAGAAAUAAUGGUUGCACGACUAUUAAGUCUGGAAGAUGCCGAAAAGCAGAGGGGUUAUGAACUAGAUGAUGAGUUGAAGCUGCGCUCAAGUUAUAGUCGGUAUUCUAGUGGUCAGAGAGGUGCAAAUGUUGAAACAGAAGUGGCGGGAUUGUCUGGACGGACUCGUUAUGCAGAGGAUGAGAUCCCUUCACAACGCAAAGGGUCUGUACCUCUGGCUGAAACCCUUCCAAUCCCAAAUCCUGAACUAAAAGCAUUCACAAAGAAAGAGAAAACUGAUCCUGUUUUGCCAGCCUCUAAAUGGGCUAGAGAGGAUAAUGACAGUGAUGAUGAAGAAAAGAGAAGCUCCAAGGGUCUGGGGUUGAGCUAUUCAUCUUCUGGAAGUGAGAAUGCUGGUGAUGGUCAUGGUAAGGCUGACGAAUUGGAGUUUGGAACUGAGGUGAACAUUCCAGUUCCAUCUGAAAGUGCAAUGAAUGAAGAGCAGAGGCAAAAGUUGAGAAGACUUGAGGUUGCUCUUAUAGAAUACAGAGAAUCCCUUGAGGAGCAAGGAAUUAAAAAUGCCGAGGAUAUUGAAAAAAGGGUUGCAAUUCAUCGGAAACGGUUAGAAUCUGAAUAUGGUUUAUCAGAUUCUGGUGAAGGAAGAAAAAGAACAUCGAGAGAAAGGAGAGAUAGGCGGGAUGAUGUGCACGACUCUUCAAGAAAGCGGCAUCGAAGUCAAAGCCAAAGUGAGAGCCCUCCACGGAAACAAUCCAACAGAGGCAGGGAUAGAGAAAAUGAUUCAGAAAAGGACCGCGAAAGUCACAGAGAAAGAGAGAGAUAUCAUGACCUGCAAAAUGAAAGGGGGAGAGAGAGGGAGCGAGACCGCUGGGAAAAGAGUGGAAGCAGAGAAAGAGAUGACCAUGACAGAGAUAGAGGUAGGGAUAGGGAUAGCCGAAGGCGAAUGAAAUGAGAUUUUAAGUUCGUGGGAUGCCUUACUUCAGCGUUUGCUUGGUAUCUGAUCUGGGUAGCAGGGUUUGAGAUGAGGAGAUGACUUGGCUUGUCUGGGAUGCUUAAGCAGCGGCAUCUGUCAUUAGAAAAUUGGUUUCAAACAAUGCUAGAAAUGCUGGACUGCCCAUGAGAAGAAUCUGGUUCUUGUAGAACCAUCUUGUAGUAAAAUAUACGACAGCAUUUGAUGUUUUUGGUGGUUUGCAUUUUAUGAAAAUCAAGUUAAAUGCCUAAUAA